AUGGCAGGCCGGUCAGAGCCGCUGUCAAUCGAGUCCCUGCUCCAAAAGCAGCGUGAAGAGAAGGAAGCGGCAGCCAAGCCCAGGUUCAUGACCAAAGAGCAGCGUGCUCAACUCGCUAUUCAGAAACGCGCUCAGGAAAUCAAGGAACAGCGAGAGAAGGAGGAGCGUUCAAAGCAAGACCGGGAGACGCUUGAGAAGGAGGCAGACGAGAUCGGCAACGAGAAAGAGAGCGCGAACGCUCCUCCAGAUACGGUGGCGGGGGUGGAGGUCGUGGGUCUUCUAGAUGAUGACCGCUAUGGUCGAGGUGGAGGCGACAGAGACCGCGACCGCGAUCGGUACGGUAGACGCGACCGUGACAAACGAUCCCAUGACAAUCGUAGAGGUGGUGGUGGUGGUGGUGGUGGAGGAGGAGGAGGAGGAGGGGGCGAAAACUACCAGAACGUUCCCACCGGCCCUCGCGCGGAGCGAGACAAGGGGGGUCCUUCUGCUCCGUCGUCCUCUAUGCCGCCUCCACCCGUCCCCGGCUCAGUUCGUGACGUUACGAUGGCAGAUGCAUCGGAAACAUAUGCACCGCCCAUGACCGACAACGACUUGAGCGCAAUCCGCUCGCGUUACCUCGGCGUGGACAAAAAGAAGCGCAAAAUUCGCAAGAUGAACGACCGGAAGUUUGUUUUCGACUGGGACGAGCAGGACGAUACGUACAACGCCGAAACGCCGGGGGCGAUCGGUAGCCAACGUCAGGGAGCGCAAGUAGGCUUCGGACGCGGGCACAUCGCCGGUAUGGACGACGCAGGAGGCGCAGUGGUACCCGGAAGGAAGGUCGGCGAGGGCAUGGUUCUCGCGGACCCACUUGAGCGAAGACGCGCCGCAAGGUCCGGUUUGGACGAGAGGCAUUGGUCGGACAAGUCACUGGAUGAAAUGAAGGAACGCGAUUGGCGCAUUUUCCGCGAAGACUUCAGCAUCGCUGCAAGAGGUGGUCAUAUCCCACAUCCUUUGCGAUCUUGGCGAGAGUCGUCUAUACCGGUGGAAAUCCUCGAUGUCAUCGACAAGAUUGGCUAUAAGGAACCGUCCCCGAUCCAGCGGCAGGCCAUUCCGAUUGGGCUGCAGUACCGUGACAUCAUCGGCAUUGCGGAAACAGGUUCCGGUAAGACGGCUGCCUUCGUCAUCCCAAUGUUGGCAUUCAUCUCGAAGCUCCCGGUGUUCACCGACGACAACAGACAUCUCGGCCCGUACGCUCUUAUUCUCGCGCCGACGCGUGAAUUGGCGCAGCAGAUCGAGUCCGAGGCCAAGAAAUUUGCGAGCCAACUGGGCUUCACUUGCGUCUCCAUUGUCGGAGGUCGCUCGGUGGAAGAGCAGCAGUUCAACUUGCGAGCGGGUGCCGAGAUCAUCAUCGCCACUCCCGGUCGUCUGAAGGAUGUCAUCGAGCGGCACGUCAUCGUCCUAUCACAGUGCCGGUACAUCGUCAUGGACGAAGCCGACCGUAUGGUGAACCUCGGCUUCGAAGCCGAUCUGACGUUCAUUCUGGACAAGCUGCCGUCGGACACGAUGGAAGGUGAAGACCAGGGCGAACAAAUGGACGUCGAUGGGGAAACUAUGGUCAAGAAAGGCCGCACCCGUGUUACUACCCUCUUCUCGGCCACGAUGCCUCCUCCUGUCGAACGCCUGGCGAAGAAGUACCUCAAGAAGCCUGCUAUCAUCACUAUUGGUGAAGCUGGCCGCGCUGUUGACACUGUCGAGCAGAGAGUGGAGUUCGUCAAUGGAGAUGAGAAGAAAAAGCAUCGCAUGCUCGAGAUUCUCAACAGCAACCAGUACGCCGCCCCGAUCAUCGUCUUUGUCAACCAGAAGAAAACCGCAGACAUGGUGGCGAAAGAUCUGCAGCGUGCAGGGUGGAAUGCGGCAACACUUCACUCUGGGAAGAACCAGGAGCAACGCGAGGCGGCCCUACAGUCGCUCCGUACAGGGGAUUCAUAUAUUCUCGUCGCCACAGAUCUUGCCGGACGUGGUAUCGAUGUUCAAGACGUUAGCUUGGUGAUCAACUACCAGAUGGCCAACACCAUCGAGGCUUACGUCCACCGUAUCGGUCGUACUGGACGUGCCGGCAAGCAAGGCAUUGCAAUCACGUUCCUUACGAAUGACGACGACGAAGUCAUGUACGAUCUCAAACAAGAGAUCUCCAAGAGUCCGGUGUCCAAGCACGAGGCAGCGCAACACAAGGUGUCGAAAGAGAUGAAGAGGAAGAGAGAUGCCGAGGACCAGGGCUGA